GGGCACCGGGCUGACCAUGUGACCAUGGCACAAGGCCACCAUUUGCUUGAAGGUGCCAUUGCCAAUGCCUCACCCGAAGCCAGUCAGGGCAUCCCUACGCCCACGCCGACCUUGGCCGCGGGCGUGGAUGUAUCUGCUGCGCAGCUUGGAGGCGCUGCCAUUGCUGCAGCAGCCCACAAGGUGGCACCACUGAGCAAGGUGCAAGCCAUCUUCUCCGAACGAAAGGAUGACCUCAACCUGGCCCUUGACGAGAUGAAGGACAAGGUCACCUCGCUGAUGCACGGCGUUCCCGCCAGCCACGGCCAUGGCGGCCAUGGCCACGCGGCGUCGGCGCCACACGGCAGAAGCGCUGGCAAUGUCAAGGCGAGCGUGGCCGCCUCAGAAUUCACAGAGGUUCGGGAACAUGCAUGCUGGCUAUGGUCCCGACUGGGUGUCUCCUUGAUGACGCUGGAAGAUCGCAAUGUGUGGCUGGAGGAUGAGAACAAACGCCUGGAACAGGAGUUGGAGGGCCUGGAAACUCAGAUCCGCGAGGCCCGGCAGCUGCUGAAGAGCCACGGCCGAGUGCCACCGCCUCUGGACACGUCGGAGGAGGCCGUGGGGCCACAGAUGGAUGCCACGGGAUGUCAGACCCCCAGCCAGAGCAUGACCUCACCGUCGCAGCGCGCCGCCCCCGGCGCCCCGGGCGCCAGCGCUCACACCUUGCAGCCGCGCAGCGGGCAUUCCACGGCGGGCGCCAAACCUGGCGCAUCAGGUUGAGACCGACAGGUUGCUGUAGGGCACCGAACCACGAAACGCGAACAGACUGCUGAG